GGGGCAGCUGGAAGGACCCAGAUCAUUCCGAGCCUUCCAGAGCCACCCUACAGGAUAGACCUUGAAGACUUGGGACCCAUCUUGUCUGCAGGAGGGAUGAGCGCAGAGGGUGUGGCUCCAGGACUUCAGGUGGCUGAUAAGAGAGCCACCAUCUUCAUUAUCAUCUUGCUCCUUUUGUGCCUGGUGGCAUUGGUGGGUAACGGCUUAAUCACUGCAGCGCUGGGCAUGGAGUGGUUGCUGCGUAGAACACUGUCACCCUGCAAUAAGUUACUGGUCAGCCUGGGGGCCUCUCGCUUCUGUCUUCAAUGGGUGAUGAUGAGCAAGAACCUUUAUAUUUUCCUGCAUCCGAUGGCCUUCCCGUACGACCCGGUAUUCCAGUUCCUAGCCUUUCAGUGGGACUUCUUGAAUGCUGCCACGCUCUGGUUCUCCACCUGGCUCAGCGUCUUCUACUGUGUGAAAAUCGCCACCUUCACCCAUCCUGCCUUCCUCUGGCUGAAACGGAAUGUGUCGGGGUUGGUCCCAUGGAUGCUGCUCAGCUCUGUGGGUUUCUCCAGCCUCAGCACCAUUCUUUUCUUCAUAGGCAACCACAGAAUAUAUGAGAACUAUUUAAAGAGGGGUCUGCCAUCCUGGAAUGUCACUGGAAACGCUCUGAGGAGAUCCUAUGAGAGAUUCUACUUCUUCCCUUUGAAAAUUGCUACCUGGACAGUCCCCAGCAGUGUCUUCGUCGCCAGCAUGGUGCUGCUCCUUACAUCGCUGGGGAGACACACCAAGAAGGUCUUCCUGUCCAUCUCAGGCCUUCGUGAUACCAGCGCCCAGGCACACGUCAAGGCUCUCCUGGCUCUCGUCUCCUUUGCCGUCCUCUUCAUCUCCUACUUUCUGUCACUGGUGCUCAAUGCGGUGGGUGUGUUUCCAUCCCAGGAGCUCAGGUACUGGAUUGGGCAAACUCUGAUUUAUCUGUGCACAGCCGUCUACCCCAUCGUUCUGCUCUUGAGUAACCGCAGGCUGAGAGCUGUGCUAGCGAGGGGCUGCUCCCCCGUAUAGGGGGCCUCCUGAGGGGGCACUGAUGAAAACCUCAGAGACGCUAAUGCAGAAGGCCUGGGUGGCAUGGGACGCUGCUUCUUUAAAUCUCUCUGCCGCAUUGCAUGAUCUCUCCCUUUUGGCCCACUUUCAUGAUGAGAAGAACUUCAGUGAAAUAAGAUUUCAGAUGAGAUGGAAGGUCCUGAAGCAGGGGCCUAGUCUCACUGAUGUGCACUCAUCAGGGCGUCGCUGAUAGAGUUGGUGUUCCCUGUGGGACUUUAUGUGGCCAAAGAAGCAGGGAACUUUUAUUUCCUGUGACUAAACUCCUGGCGUUUAACGUUACCCUGCUGGAAACCGGAUGCAAGAAUCCCGACACAUGGUUCAAUUUUUAUUGGUUGAAUCAAGACUGGAGAAGAUUUGUGGAAGCUCAGUUCUCCUCUGGCUUCAUCCUGUAACAGCACACUUCCUCUUCCUCCUUGUGGUUUAAUCACUUACCCGAAUCCAGCCAUCCACUGCUAUGAAGUUCUCUUUCCUUCCAUGUAGGGGUUCCUGGGGUUACGAAGCAUCGUGUAAUUUGUGCCCGUGUGGUCCUGCGUGUUACCCGAGUGUUGUAUGUUCACAGAGUACUUUUGAGAUCUCUCUGAAUGCUAGGGGUUCGUAUGUUGUUUACAUUCUCUGCAGUAGCCCCCCAUCUGUUAGUCUCGUCUGCAAAUGUUAAGGUCCAUGAACCCAGAUGUGUUUUUUUGUUUGUUUGUUUUUUAG